UGUGAUGGCUGGAAAACGUAUUGGUAAGGAGCUAAAGGAUCUGCAGAAGGACCCUCCUGCUUCUUGCAGCGCUGGGCCCAUUGGACAAGACAUGUUUCAUUGGCAAGCAACAAUAAUGGGUCCACAUGAUAGCCCUUAUGCUGGGGGUGUAUUUUUGGUAACCAUAAACUUCCCCCCAGAUUACCCAUUCAAGCCACCAAAGGUUUCCUUCAAAACAAAAGUUUACCACCCUAACAUCAACAGCAAUGGAAGCAUAUGCCUGGACAUUCUUAAAGAGCAGUGGAGCCCUGCUCUUACAGUUUCCAAGGUGCUGUUGUCGAUAUGCUCAUUGCUGACAGAUCCAAACCCGGAUGAUCCUCUUGUUCCAGAAAUCGCUCACAUGUACAAGACAGACAGAGUCAAGUACGAGGCUACUGCUCGAACUUGGACCCAGAAAUACGCCACCUCCUAGCUCAGAGCUCCUAGCUCCAUACC